AUGUACAUCAAAAGCGUUGUAAUCCAGGGAUUCAAAACAUAUAAAAAUACUACCGUGGUUGAGGACCUUUCGCCGCGUUUUAAUGUUGUAAUAGGUAGCAAUGGAUCAGGUAAAUCGAACUUCUUUGCCGCUGUGAGGUUUGUGCUCAGUGAUGAUUUCAGCAACUUGAGGAGGGAAGAAAGACAAGGUCUUAUUCAUCAAGGAACAGGAUCUGUAAUGAGUGCAUAUGUUGAGAUUGUUUUCCAUGAUCCAAAUGGGCAAAUGAUGGUGACAUCAGGCAUACCUAUCACGGAGGAAAAGCUAGUUCGUGUUAGAAGGACGAUCGGACUGAAAAAAGAUGAAUAUUCUGUGAACGGAAAGACCUGUCAUAAGAGUGAUGUCAUGCGGAUGUUUGAAAGCGUAGGGUUUUCCUCGUCCAACCCAUAUAAUAUUGUUCCACAGGGUCGUAUCGUGGCAGUAACUAACGCCAAGGACAAAGAACGUCUGGCAUUAUUAGAAGAAGUGGUGGGAGCCAAAUCUUUCGAAAUCAAGUUGAGAGAAUCCACCAAGAAAAUGGAAGCCACAAACAGGGAUCGUGCCAAGAUUGAUGCAGAAUUGACAGAGUUGAGAACGAGACUGGGAGAACUAGACGAAGAGCGUCAAGAGCUAGAGAAAUACCAAGAACUUGAACGUGACAAACGUAUUUUCCAAUUUGUUCUGUACGAUCGAGAGUUGAAUGAAGUAACGAGCGAAAUAGAACACCUUGAAGAUGAAUAUAAUCAAAUUGUACAAUCAUCAGAGGAGUUCGUUCAAGAGCUGUCAAAACGCGAAAAUCUUAUUGCUAACGUCACAAAAAAUAUGGAUAUCAUUGACGCUGAACUCAAGGUCAAGGAACAUACCGAUUUGCUGCAGGAAAAGUCGCGUCUGUCAGAGAUAUCGAAAAAGAAAGCGGAUCUGGAAGUCCGCCUCGAAGAAAUCAAACGGCAAAUCGAUUCUCAUCGUGGACAAACUGAAACUGACGCUCAAAAUAUGGCAAUAGUGGAAGAUGAGAUCAAGAAAGCUCACGUACAGCUAGAUCGACUCACGCCGCGAUACGAUCAGCUUCGCGACGAAGCUAAAAGGUACGAGAACGACAUGUCAGAUCUGAAUCGAAGACAGAGGGAAAUCGCCUCAAAAAGAGGGAUAUACGCACGGUUUGAUAAUCAAGAAAAUAGGGAUGAGUGGCUAAACGAGGAACUCAAGUCCCUCGAUGUCCAACUCACAGAAUCUAAAUGCCAGCUCUUAACGCUCAGCAAAGAAAAGGAACAGCUCGAGAUUGAUUAUAAGAGAGUUGAAGAAGAAAUUACCGAACUGAAUGACCACACGCGGGGCCCCGGUGUAGUCGCAGAAUUAGAAGAUCUUGCAAUACAGCACAUUGACACAAAGCGGCAAUACCUCGAGAAGAUUGAUGGGCGUAAGGAGCUCUGGAGAUCUGAGCAAAAGCUACAAUCAGUCUCAGAGUCCCUUGAAGAUGCUGUGAGACGAGCCGAGAGAUCUUUAACAGAAACCAUGGACCGCGGUCUGGCGAAUGGACUUGGCGCAGUUAAAGAGAUUACAGAGCGCUUGAAGCUCCCUGAAGAUUCUGUCCAUGGCCCUCUUGGGGAAUUGAUAAAAGUUAACGAAAAGUACAAGGUUUGCGCAGAGGCUGUCGGCGGUAAUUCAUUAUUGCAUGUCGUUGUCGACACUGACGAAACUGCUAGUAUUCUAAUGCAAGAACUCCAGCGAACCAAAUCGGGGAGAGUGACAUUUAUGCCCCUCAACAGGUUGACUACGAGCGCCGUAAAUUCUUAUCCUGAUACCUCCGUGGUGGAGUGUACGCCAUUAAUAGGCAAGAUAAAAUACGAAAAAAGGUUUGAAUCUGCGGUAAAACAUGUUUACGGCAGGACAUUGGUUGUGCGCGAUCUCGCAGCAACUGCUAAGUUAGCCAGGGAUCGCAAGCUUGAUGCAGUGACUCUCGAUGGCGACCGCGCAAAUAAUAAGGGCUUGAUCACCGGUGGCUAUCGUGACUAUCGAAAUAAGAUGAAAAUCGAUGCACUCAAAGACAUAAAAACUGCCAAUCUUCAGCUUGCAGAAACUCUUAAGAACCUCGAAAAUGUGAGGGAACAGAUCGCUCGCGCUGACGUUGAGGUUGAUCAACUGAACAGCGCUUUGAAGAAACAAUCCCUUAGAAAGGAAGCCAUUCUCACCAACGUCGAGCUGCUAAGAGCAAAGCUAAACCAGCGUUCCGCGGAAGCUACUUUCAAGAAAGAGCUUUUGGAAAACAUAAAUGUUAAGGCUGAGAACAGUAAAGCUUCUAUUGCGCUUGCGGAGGAGAAAUUCACGCGCUACCAAAUGGACUUGCAAAAGCCCUUCGAAAAGAAUAUAUCACCCGAGGAGGAAGAGAACUUGCAAUCGCUGGUGCGGCAAAUGAAAAACCUAGCAGAUCCAUUGAGUACUACAAGAGAGGCACUCGACGAUAUCACGACAAGAAUUGAAUUGCUCAAAACGGAAUUGAAGCUUAAACUAUAUGCACAGAAGAGAGAGCUUGCAGAUAGAAUAUCGUCUGCCGAAAAGACCAACCAAUUCGCUCGAGACGAGGAGGUUCAGGUUUUUGAGGAGGAGCUGAAGAAUUUAACGUCAAGAAGGCACCAGCUAUCGACUUCGAUCGCAGCUCUUUUGGAGGAGAUUGUAACACUUAAUGAUGAGAGGGCGAACAACGAGAGACUACGAGAGAAAGCAAAUGCACAGCAACGAGUUCUUUUGAAAAAGCUGGAUGGCUUUCAAAAAACAGCAGAGAAAUCUGUCGUUAAAAAAACUAGUCUUGUAAGUCGACGAGACGAAGUUCAGCAAAAGAUCAGUGAACUAGGCUUGCUUUCAGAGGACUCCCUAGAAAAGCAUCAAAAUCUGAACAGCGAGGAGACCCUACGGCACUUGAAUGCGGUGAACGACAAGAUAGCAAAGAUGAGCAACGUCAAUCGUCGUGCCAUCGAAAACUUCAGAAAGUUCAACGAGAAGCGGCAAGAGAUGGAAACUAGGGCACAUGAGCUAGCAGAGUCUAAGUUGUCCAUCGAAAAGUUGAUCGAGUCUCUCAAGAAACAAAAAGUGGAGGCUGUUGAUGCAACUUUCAAGAAAGUAUCUCAUAAUUUCAGCACCAUUUUUGAAAAGCUAGUGCCAAGCGGUGCAGGGAAAUUGAUAAUUCACCGAAGCGCAAAUGGGAAUAUUACUCCGAGCAGCUCCGAAGAAAUCCCUCUCAGCACUGUGUACACCGGUGUUUCGAUUUCUGUCUCCUUCAACUCAAAAAAUAAUGAACAACUAUAUGUGGAGCAGUUGUCAGGAGGACAGAAGACGGUUUGCGCAAUAGCAUUAAUCCUAGCUAUUCAAGUCGUUGACCCAGCCCCGUUUUAUCUAUUUGAUGAGAUUGACGCGGCUUUAGACAAGCAAUACAGAACAUCAGUUGCGAGCAUAAUGAAAGAGCUUUCUGUUCAUGCCCAGUUCAUCUGCACCACAUUUAGAACAGACAUGCUACAGCUGGCAGAUUCAUUCUACAGGGUGAAGUUUGACAACAAGAUAUCUGAGAUACAAGAGGUUACCCAGCAGGACGCGAUGAGAUUCAUCAAAAGAAGGAGCAAGAUGGGCGCCGUUUGA